CAAAACUAUAUAUAAGUGGAGUCCGUUUAACAUUUGGUUCAGGUGUAAKCGCCAUGUUAUUGAGUGUUAUGGUCUGUUUUGUUUAACAGUUAAGCCGAAUGACGUUUCAUUCAUGUUUAUACAUUCGGUGGAUCUUUUUGUUACAAAAUAACCGUCACUGAAAAAAAGAGCUGCAAUUGGGUUAUAAAAAAAUAAAUUUGUAUUUGUAAAUAUAGAUACCUACAUAUAUGAAUGCGCAUGCAUAUGAUUGCAAUUUGUAAAUGUUUAGUUUGAGUGACUAUUAUUUGUUUGUUUUGAGUGCAAAAGUGCCCGGUGAACACAACGAAGGUGUAAAAUUUUAAGACAAAACAGAGAGAAGAGCGCUGUGGCAUWCAUAUCAAACGGUGAGCAAUGAGUUAAUAAAUUGCUAAGCUGCAUGUAAAGAGCCAAAAGAGAUCUUUGUUAAAUGUGACGUAAGAAGAAACAAGUUUCAAAUAAACAAAAAUUGAAUAAAAACAUACAAUUACAAAAAGUSAAUUAAUUAGAGAUGUUCGUGAACACGCACAACACGCAGGCCGCAGACAAAUGCGAACAUGGUAUGUAGAAAUGGCAAAAACGGCUUACGGUGUAUUUUUGUGUAAAUAAGUGUAAUGAAUUCGCGUAAAAUAAUAAUUAUUUUUAUAAACGGAAAUGAGAGUAAUAAUGUUUGCAGUCGCGGUAGGUCAAGCGAAACUAUUGCGAUUCGAGAACACAUUCACUGGCGCGCUUGUGUUGACUGCAGACGCUAUCGGAGGUGCUGCUACGUGGAAUUUGCAAGCAUGAGAUUGAGCAGCAAAUGCCGGUGGGAAAAUGUUAACAAAAUGACAAAAAACGUGUGUUUAAAUAUCUGUUUUGUGGAAAGAUAUGUAUAGUAAAUAAAUAAAGCUGGUAAAACAGCUGAGUAUUUUUAUGAGUACGGAGUGUAACAACAAGUGCAACAGUUGUGUGUGGAGCUUGAUUGAAACAAAGUUAUAAACAGAUACUAAGGUGUGAGAGCAAAAAAUAUAAAUUAAAUAAAUAAAGAGCAACAAGGAAAGAAAAAUGAAUAAUGAAAACAAGUUAAAAGUUAAGCAAACAAAACAAAAAAUAAAAUAUAAUCGAAAAUACAACAAUUAAUACCAAAUUUCCCCGCAGCACUAAAGCAUACCAGCAACUGCUUAUUUAAUGAUUAGAUAAAAUUCAAAACAACAAAAGAACAUAGUCAAAGCACAAAAGUUACAAAUACGCUUAGUGGCGACUACACAUACUGCGAUAGCAGUAAAGAACACAUUAUCAACGUUAAAGCAGAUACUUAAACACAUACGUACAAUGUGCAUAUUUGAUUUUUGCCUUUUGCGAAGUGCGGCCGAAACUGUUUUGUGUUGUGCGAACGUGCGGGUUUAUAAUAAAAUCAAUAUAAAUAAUAAAAAAAAAAUAAAAAAAAUUUAAUAUAAGCAAAUAUGUUAACAGAAUUCGCGGGCAAUUUGGCACAUCACCUGGAAUUUGGUCAUGCCUUGGAGAUUGUGGCGAAGACCAUAGACAGCGCCUCAAGAUUUCAAAUCAGUUUGUCGACGGCCAAAGCGGUGAUAGAUCCAAAUGCCGACAUCGGUUUGCGCUUCGCUUGCUACUUUCGCAAGGAUAUAAUUGUGCGCAAUGCACGGAUCGGUGGCGUAUGGGGCCCGGAGGAGAUACAUGACAUUGAAGGUCAUUCAUUGCARAAUCCUAUUGAGUCGGGAGAGUUUUUCGUAAUUUACAUACUCGCUUGUGAGGAGAAAUUUCAYAUAGCGAUCAACAAUCGACCCUUUUGCACAUUCAGAUAUCGCAUGCCACUCCAGACGCUUCGCAGCAUCGAAAUAAGCGAGCAAAUACAGGUGAUUAAGCAGGUGGAUCAUCGCGCUGUCUUCCCCUAUCCCUGGCCAGCAAUACAAUCGUCCGAUUUUGGCAAAGCUUUCAGUAAUGAUUCGCCGAUAAUGUUCAGCCCCGGGCAUUUGAUUGUGAUAACCGCGCGUUGUUUCGAUAAUAAGAAGGGACAAUUUAUAAUUAAAUUUUUGGAUAGCGACACGAAACGUGAGGAGCUGCAUUUCAGCGUACGUUUCGAUCAGAAAGCUGUGGUGCGCAAUUCAAUGAAUAAGGCCUUUGAAUUUGGACAAGAGGAGCGCCAUGGCGGUUUUCCAUUCGUCUUUAAUCAGCAAUUCAAGCUUGCCAUCGCUUUUACGGAGCGCGAGUUCCUCACCGCCGUGGACGGCUAUAACUUCUGCAGCUAUGCCUAUCGCACAACAAAUGUAUUUCAAAAUGUUGUCGGCUUCAAGGUCACAUGCAUAAAUGGCUURCACAUACAUGUGACGGGUGUGGACCACUUGCAAAUGGGGGACCUCUCUUGCACGGGUUUCGAAAAGUAUUCAAAGCACGACUACGAAUGUGCUUAGCACCAACUAUUCCGUAAACAAAAUUUUCUUGUCUCACACAUUGAAUAUAAGUAUAAAUAUUUUUUGUACAAAACUAUUAGUUAUGCCUAGUAUUUCAAAGACGAAAUAAAAAUCGCCUACGAAUAAUACAUAAUUCAAA